AUGUGUCUCACAGCCAAGGAUAAAAUUAUCGUCCACAAUGACUGGCUGAGCCUGAGGAAUAGCGUUACACCGGACGACAUCGGAACUGACGCCAUAAUGGCUAUGUUUAAAAACUACCCGGAGACCAAAAAGGUCUUCACGGAACUUAGAGAUCACAAAAUGAAAGACUUACCCGAGAGCGCCGUGUUGAAAGACCACGCUCUUAAAGUGGCCAGUGUCUUGGAUAAGUGCGUGCUGCGGCUCAACAACCUCGAGGCCUUUGCCUUGAUCGUAGCCGACGAGGGCGGGAUUCACAGGGAUAUGAACAUUCAUGAAAAGCACCUGAGGUGCAUGACAAACGGUUACAUCAAGGAGAUCAAACGGCGAACAAAAUAUCGAUGGGACAGCGGGCAUCAGAGAGCUUGGGAGAGAUUUUUUGAACUUCUUAUUGUCCAUCUUUUAACAGGAAUU